ACGAAGAACUCUUUCCAUUUACGAGACACAGCCAAAUGAUACAAUGGAGAUCAGGCAGGCUCGUAGAGAUUUUAUCGAAAAGGAAAUUGAGUUCAACAACUAUAUGAAGACAGCUACACUUGACCUGGAGACUGUGAGGAACCUCUACUAUGCAAAAGGUCUUAGUAGCCGCUUGUACGAUCUGUUGAUGAAGAAUGCAAAGUAUAAUCCAUAUACAGGCAUUGAAGGACUGGCAGACACAAUUUUCAGCGAUCUAAACUCUGAUACAACUCUGGAGAUGAAGGAAGGCACUAAUCUGAAAGCUGAUGGUAAGAUCUCAACAUUCUCGGCUUUAUAUUGUGUUAUUAGAUAA